AAAGAGACUCUGGUCUUGAUUCCCCAGCCUCAGAAACUCCAUUUAAAACUAGAAAUCCUUUCUAAGCUUAGAUCAGAGUUCUACUUGGAGACAGGGAAGCUAGGCAGUAGGGGGAGGAGUCACAGGCUGGGCCACAGGAGGUGGGAGGUUCCAGGAAUGGGCUGAGUACCCGGCACGGAAGGGUUAACCACAAAGCCAAUCUCAUAGAGGGAGAUCAAUGGGUUACUGCCCGUGAAAAAGAGAAUGAGGUAGCAACAGACGCAGACAGGCAGAAAUGAGCCUGGCAGAAGAGCAUGCCACCCCGGGGAAAUCAGGGUCUGAGGAGGAGGUGGCCAGUCCAUUCAGGAGCAGUGGCAAGUGCUCCCAUCCAACUCAGCAGACAGCUGAAGGCAGAGGAGAGGAGGGGCCCUGAAGACGAAGAAGGAGAACUAGGAAGCAGGGAGGCACCAGGGGCAGCGGCUGAGACGGCUGAGACGAGAGGAAGCUCCAGCCUGGCCAUUCUACCAGGAAGCAUGCAGGGCCCCAGUGCCUAGGGCUGAGGAAGAUGGCUGACAUCCAAAACAUUUCGCUGGACAGCCCAGGGAGCGUAGGGGCUGUGGCAGUGCCUGUAGUCUUUGCCCUCAUCUUCCUGUUGGGGAUGGUGGGCAAUGGGUUGGUGUUGGCCGUGCUGCUGCAGCCUGGCCCAAGUGCCUGGCAGGAGCCGGGCAGUACCACGGAUCUCUUCAUUCUCAACCUGGCGGUGGCCGACCUCUGCUUCCUCCUGUGCUGCGUGCCCUUCCAGGCGGCCAUCUACACACUGGAUGCCUGGCUCUUUGGGGCUUUCGUGUGCAAGACGGUGCAUCUGCUCAUCUACCUCACCAUGUACGCCAGCAGCUUCACCCUGGCCGCAGUCUCAGUGGACAGGUACCUGGCGGUGCGACACCCGCUGCGCUCGCGGGCCUUGCGCACCCCGCGCAACGCGCGCGCCGCCGUGGGGUUGGUGUGGCUGCUGGCGGCGCUCUUCUCCGCGCCCUAUCUCAGCUACUACGGCACGGUGCGCUACGGCGCGCUGGAGCUCUGCGUGCCCGCCUGGGAGGACGCGCGGCGGCGCGCGCUGGACGUGGCCACCUUCGCCGCGGGCUACCUGCUGCCGGUGGCCGUGGUGAGCCUGGCCUACGGGCGCACGCUGCGCUUCCUGUGGGCCGCCGUGGGCCCCGCGGGCGCGGCGGCGGCGGAGGCGCGGCGGCGGGCGACGGGCCGCGCGGGCCGGGCCAUGCUGGCGGUGGCCGCGCUCUACGCGCUGUGCUGGGGCCCCCACCACGCGCUCAUCCUCUGCUUCUGGUACGGCCGCUUCGCCUUCAGCCCGGCCACCUACGCCUGUCGCCUGGCCUCGCACUGCCUCGCCUACGCCAACUCCUGCCUCAACCCGCUCGUCUACUCGCUCGCCUCUCGCCACUUCCGCGCGCGCUUCCGCCGCCUGUGGCCCUGCGGCCGGCGCCGCCACCGCCACCACCGCGCCCACCGAGCCCUCCGGCGUAUCCAGCCGGCGUCCUCCGGCCCCCCCGCCGCUUAUCCUGGUGACGCCAGGCCUCGCGGUUGGAGUCUGGAGCCCAGAGGGGAUACCCUGCGCGGUGUAGAGACUAGACUAGCCCUGGCCGCCCGGGGACCGCAAUAACCCCUGCCUGCCUGGACUCUGGCUGCCCGUCAGUUUGUCCUCUUCCCUGGAUGGCAGAAUGCUACCGAGGAGCGAGGAGCGUCUAGAGCAUGGCAGCCUGGCCAGACUCCGCUGCUGGGCAGAGGCAGAGUUGCUAUGACACCUGGGUGGUUAAAAUUGGCCCACCCGUCUAGACACCGUCUCAAGGCAGGCGGCCUCAGCCUCGGCCGUGUCCAGAGCCGGUUGGGCAGAACAGUCAGUUCACCUGCCUGCACCUUCCAGGCCCUGUUUCUUCUCCCACCUCAGACUGACUGGCCUCUUUGGUCCCAAGCUCUGACCUGACUUACAUAACUUUGUUUUGUUUUGUUUUGUUUUGGUUUGGUUUGGUUUGGUUUGGUUUGGUUUGGUUUGAGAGAAAGAUAAUACACAGAGGCAGUGAUUGAUUCAAGUAGUCCAGGCUGGCCUAGAACUAGCUAUCGUGGCCAAGGAUGACCUUGAACUCCUGAUCCUCCUGCUUCUAUGAUCCAGGUUCUGGCAUGAUGGAUGCCCCUGAUUCCUGGCUUGUUCAAGCAGGGAAUAGUAAGAGCUAUUUCCUUAGCUCUUACUGUGUGCCUCACAGAAUGCCAUAUUCUUUAAUUAUCAAGACAGCUUUGUAAGGUAGAAGAGAUUAACCUUUUAGAAAAUCAAGGGUAAAUAGGUCACCUAGGGAGUGUUUGGUAGAGGCUGGGGCCAAAUCCGUGGCUGUGGAACAUUUUUUUUUGCACCGAGGCCUUUCUUUUGUUCCUCGAGACUUCUUUUUGCAUGGGUUUAUUUGUUUAUGAAAUAUGGAACGCUUCACGAAUUUUCAUGUCAUCCCAGGGCAAAGGGCCGUGCCAAUCUUCUCUGUAUAGUUCCAAUUUUAGUCUAUGUGCUGCCGAAGCGAGCACCCAUUGGUUUAUUUUUAUCGUUUGUGUGUGUGUGUGUGUGUGUGUGUGUGUGUGUGGCCCACGUGCCCGCUGUGCUGUAGGAAGCCAAACCUUUGUGAAUGGUAGGCAAAUGCUCUACUUCCGAUAUAUCCCCAGCCUGGGUUCGCUAUCCCUUUACUUCCGAUUUGCAGCUCUUGUGCUCCCCACGUCUGAUUCCAUUCCCUAGAAGCCCAGAGCCUCCCACACAACCUCCCUUCAGAGUUCUGCUUGGCUCCUGAGGCCGUGCAGCCAGAGGGACUUCCUGUAGCCAUGUGAUUUUGGGUUAGCCCCCUAGCCCUGACACCCUGCAGCAUUCCCUGAGCUCUUUGGUGUUCCUGACUCACAAAAGACCCUGAACCUCACUUGGGCCCCAGCUGGCCUCCUACGGGCCUUGAUUGCCUUACCUUCCCCACCCUCCCCCACUUCUCCUCUGCACACAGCUGAGGAAGUCCCUGGCUGUCGAAAAGAUUAAUUAACCAAUAAAUCAGUCUUGUUGGGUCCCAA